AUGCGACGUGUUUGCAACAAACAUAAACACCACCCAGACCCACUCUACAAAGAAUGCCAUCAUGGAGAACUGGAACCAGGAAAAUGGAUCAAAAUUGGUUUGAGUAUUUAAUUUAACUGAAUAACUUGCAGUCAUGGUUUUGAGGCCAUUUACACCACCAGGAGAGUUUUUGAGUCAAUCACAUCACAUUAUUCUUUUACUGAGUAUUAACUGUUCUAAAGACGUGAAACCUGCUUGGCAGUUAAUGAGAGAGUUGGAUGUACCAAAACCCAAAUGUUGUGAACUACAUGUGGUGCAUGCGAUGCUCCCUAUACACAGUUAUAGUUCAGUUGUAAAAUCCUUUAGGGCUUCUGUAUUGUUAUAAUAAUAAUUACAACUAUUAUCAUUAUUAUUCACAAAAGGUGGAGAUUUUUUGUAAAAUAUAUGGCGUUUCUGUCCUUAUUUUCACUAUUGGUGGUACCCUAAGGAUAAACACUGUUCAGAAGUAAUUCUUUUUCAACUCUUGUGCCUAUGUCCUAAGUACCAUGGUCUUGGUAAUAAACCAUAAGAUUUAGUUAAUUGUGUGCUCUUUUGUCUCUUCUUAUUGGCAGGAACUGUAGCUUAUGAUAAGCUCAAUUCUGUCCUCACAAAGAAGUCCCUGGUGAAUGACAUCAAAAAAUUAUCACCAGAUGCACAGACAAGCUGCCUUGAGGGUUUCAAUGCGACUUUAAACUUUUGGCAUCCCAAAAUGAUUUGUUUUUCUUGGCUGGGAUCACUUUGCAGGUAAAGAAUUAAGUUUUACUAUCUACAAUACUGGUCAUAAUGGCUACGAUAAGGUUACUAACCGAGGUACAUGGAGCAAGAGCUAAAUAGCUCUGUUAACCCGUACAGUUGUAUUCAUAAGUAAUAAAUAUUUUUAAAGAACCAACUUAACGCAAAUCCCAAAUUCUACGUUUUCAUCCCAGAGUUGAUGAUUCAUGUGCGUUGAGUUUUUUGUUUUUGUUUCCUGGAAAAUACAAAUAGUUUCACCUAUCUGUGAAAACCAACGUUUGCAAUUAAUUCGGUUUAGUCCAGAGUGGUAGAAAAACCUCAAUAUGGUUGUGCUAACUGGUAUUAUUUUCUUGUAAUCGAGUAUGUAUUAAAAGAAGAAUGAAUUAUGUCACCCUUGUUUUCUAGACACAUAUUGGCCUGUUUACACUUUAACGAGAACUUAAGAAGAGAAACACAAGUAUCCAAGGAUGGGAAACCUUACAUGCGUGUCACCUAUCCAAAAUUCAAGUUGGGAGAGGAGGUCGUCCGUGAAGUUGCAUGCGCUCCAAGUUAUUGCACUUGACUAAAAAUUUAUUAAAUUAUAACCAGCUACUUGUUCUUCAUGCCAAGACAAGUGAUUUACACUGCGGAGUCCUUUGUUAUAGCAUUUGUUAGACAAAGUCGGAACUGGCUUUCUCUAAAUAGACGUUACAUAAUAUAGUAGUUUAUUUUUUCUGUUUCUGUAAAUAAAUUUAUAUUUAUUGAUGAGUUGAAGCUGAAUUGAAAAGGAAUAAAGGCAAAAAGUAUUUUGCUCAGCACUGCUGAGCCAAAAAUAGCUAAAUAUAUAUUUUUGUCAAGGCACUUUUUCUAUCCUGGUUACAAGCCCUUCACCCCUCCCCUAUCCCUGAAUAUAAGCCCUCCUAAAAUCGCCUAUGGAGAUGUAUAAGCCUAGGGCUUAUAAGCAGCAGUUUAUGGUAUGGUGUGAGUUCCAAACAAAAAAGCCCAGGGAAUUUCAAUUCUAUUUGGUAAGUGCCCUGAUACUAACCCUGAUACUAAUGAUAUUUUUAUCAUCAGUCUGUCAAUUAGUCAAGUGUUGUUCUGUUUGUACAGAUUUGUAGACACCAUGAAGAAACUCCUCUUCAGCCUAACAGAUGCUGAAAGAAAGGAAGUUCUAGAAAAAUAUUCAUCAAAGCAACCAGAACCUCUAAAUAGGCAGGUUCUGGAGAGAAAGAGCAAAGAGGAAGCUGUUAAGGAUUACAGAGCCAGACAACAAAUGAGGAAAACAUCACUUGUUCCUUCAGGUUAG